AACUCGAAAGGACCUCCCAAACCGCCCACUUCAUCGAGCCCUAAAACCCUCGCUUCGCCUCCUCGCUUUCCGCCGCUCUUUCACCCGUCAAGCAAAUCCUUUUCCAUCGCGCAGAAGGUAGACGGCGUGUUGAAGUGCGAAGAUAGAGGAUGGGAAAGGGACACGAGCUUUGGGACGACUCUGCUCUCAUCGAUGCUUUCGAUCGCUCCAUGACCACUUACAAGAAAAUGCAUAAGGAAAGCUAUCCUGACCAUUCUUUUGCUGAUGAAAACAAUGCAAGUGAAAGCAAUCACGAUGAGGCUUUACACUCUGAGAAUUCAACUAGGAAAGGAGAGCAUAAUGUUGACCAAGAGAAUUUGAUCACCAAUGUGGCAGAAACAUGUAUGCCUUACUACCAGGAUGUAUCUACCAAUGAAGUUCUUCAAUCUCAGGAAACUUUAUGUGCAAAUAUAUGUGCCCCAGAAUUGAAACCACAUUUCUCUGAGACCACUGUUGCUAGCGGAGAGGCUAGUUAUGGAAAUGAUCAGAGAAGUAUUGAGUAUAAUGAUCUCCUUAAUCAGUAUUAUGAGCUUGAGGAGAAGAGACAACAAGUUCUCCAGCAACUCCAGCAUGCAUAUUAUUGGUAUCCACAAAAUUUAGCUCAAUCUGGUGAAUAUCAAGCAGAGAAAGUUCCACCAAAUCAUGCUUCUGAAAACUUCCCACAGCAUCCUUGUUCCUGGUGUUCCCGCCAUUGUGUCACUGUUCCGGUGAUUCCAGCAGCUUGUGCCAGCUGUUGUGCUUCAUCAGGACACUCUUAUUCUUGUUCUCAAGGCUGCCCUUCUCUGGCGCCAGCUCAACUUUCAGAUGGACAAGGCCAUACUCAAAGUGGUUUGUGUUCUAUUGGUCCAUCAUGCACCGUAGAUGUGCUUAAGAAAAUCAGUCCUACAGAUGACACCCCUGUCAAAAUAGGCAUGAUGACAGCCGAAAAAAUAUUAAGUUCUGUGAAAUCCAAAAUUUCACUUGAUUCUGUUUUAUGUGGAGAAAAUGUCGGGAAGGAUAAGGAAAAAACAUCAGGUGAACAUGAAUUUAAAGCAUCAACAUCAAGUGACAUCGAGCAGAACAGUGAUCUCGUGACUGUCUUCAGUGCAUGGUAUUCUGCAGGAUUCCACACUGGCAGGUAUCUCAGUGAGCAAUCUUGGAGAAACAAAUUAUGAAGAAGAUUUAUAUACUUUCUGACAAAACAUUUUUGGGAGAGCAACAAGCGAAAUGCAGUUAACUACUAUCUGAAUGUGCAUUAUGAAGAAGCUUGUGUUUGCCUUUGCUUCAAUCCUACUGGAGUGAUCUACUGAAACGUUCUCGUUAAUGCCUACUUGCCCUAUCUGUUUUGCAUUCUAUGUUUAUGGUUAGCUUGUUCUUUAGUGAGAAGAAUUAGCUGAAUUCAUGUUUGUGUUGUAAUUAAUUAGACUGUUUAAUAAGGAAGCUAAAUUGGUCACUUACGGCAGAUUUAGUGGCAAGAGCAAGAAGUGACGUUAAACUUUGUAACUAGAGUAGUUCAUUAGCAACCUUCAAAUAUUAAACCUUCCCUUGAGAGAA